AUGGUGAUUGGAUUAACAGUUACUGAUCUGGGCUUCGCUGACGAUGUUGCUAUUCCGUCUGAGUCCCUGGAAACCCUAGUGGCAAAGUAUCCAAGCUUUGUAAACACAAUUACUUAUAAUUCCCUCGGCUCUUUCUUCCUUCAGUACGAGGCUUCUGGUCGCCUUCAGCCUCCCUCAAGGGUGGCUCUAAGAUCCCUCGGCUCAUGGGCGGCGCCUCACCUCAAAUUCCAUGACUCUUGGGUGUGGGCGUGGCGCGUGGGCGGCUCCACAGUGGGCGAGGCGUUAGUCAGUUCACCCCAGAGCAUUUUGGACCCGCUUUCACCAGGUCAUUUGCAUUUGGAGGUCGACCUUCACGUUAACUCUUCUGCCUUGGGAAGGUUCUGUCGCGACUGGCCUCAAGAUGACCUCUGGGAGAAACGCUCGUACUUCUGUGACCUUUAUGAUGGGUACGGUGACCUCUGCUCUUGCGAUGACCCCUUCCUACCCGACAACGCCCCUCCGCGUAUGGACACUUGGCGUGAAGACAUAGCCGUGGUGAUUCUCGCUGGCUCAAGACCUCGGUAUCUGUACAGACUCCUGGGACAGCUGCUGACCCAACCAGGAAUGACCUCUGACCUCGUUCUAGUGUCAGUCGACGGGGAAGACGAGGAGACAAUUCGGCUCCUUGAGGUCCUAGAGCUUCGGUUUUUCCUACACGUCCCCGAAGGCUCUUUCAGCUCCACUAAGAUCUCCAGGCACUUGAGAUUUGCUCUCUUCAGGGCCCUGCGGACUCUCCCCGAAAUUGAAAAAUUCGUCUUGCUCGAGGACGACCUUCUGCUGGCUCCCGACUUCUAUUCAUACAUGCAACAAACGUCCCAGAUCCUGCACACCGAUCCUUCUGUAUUGGCUGUGUCGUCCUACUCAAUCUUCGGCGCCCCUCACACAGCACGUGACCUGAGUCGACUCAACAGGGUGACCUCGCUUCCCGCUUGUGGUUGGAUGGUCACGAGAACUUUUUUGAAGGAGAUACUGCCAAUGUGGCCGCCAGCCUUUGUGUGGAGUUGCGUGUCCUGUGUUUUAUGUUGUCUUUGUGGUACUCUGUCGUGUCCUAGUCCUGUGUUGUAUGUCAAGUCCUCUGUCGUGUGCGAGUUCUACGUCCGGUGUGAGUCAUACGUUCUGUGCAAGUCCUGUUUUCUACGAAUCCUAUGUCUUGUGUGGGUCCUCUGUCGCUUGUGA